AUGCCAUCAAUAACUUCCGGUGACGUUAGCUUUGCAGCGUUGCCGUAUUUUGUGAAUGUAGACAGAGGCAUAACUGUUUAUAAUGGUUAUAUUAGAUUAGUUUUGAAGGAAGAGGAAGAAGAGGAUGAAGAAGAGAAUGAUGAAAACAAUGAAAUGUGUAAAACAGCUUCCAAAGAGAAACUUCCAUUACCAACUCCAGACUUUAAUGGCAUACCCACAAUGAAAACUUCAGUCUUCUCAAAUCCAUUUGUUGAGGCAGAAAAAGCAAAGAGUGCAAUUCUUGAGAAACAUGUGAAAAUGACACCAACUCUUGAUGAUACGAAAAUGAUAAAUGGCAGAAAGAUUUGUUGGAAUUAUAGAAAAGGUAGAUGCCGGUUUGGCCAUAAUUGCACCUUUGCACAUGAUUCUGAUUUACAUCGUACAGCAGCUGAGUUAGAGGCAAUUAGAACACCACAGGAAACGGUUAUUUGUCAGACUCAAUAUAAUGGUCAAGUUUCCAUCAAUGAUGAUGAUGAAAUAGAUCAAGAAAAUAAUCAAAUGAAUAGACGUAAAAAGAGGCCAGGAUUAAGUCAGUCUCUAAUACCUAGUAAGAAAGUUUUAAAAAUGUACAAAGCACAACAAGCUAAAGCUAUUAGUAGUAUGUAUUAUAUCUGCUUCAUAUGUUAUAAUAUAUUUACUUCAUUAAACUUCAGCAAUAUACUAAAUACAAAAGGGAUAAAUUUGUUAAAACGAAUGCAAAAUCCGAAAAUAUUGUCGAAGAAUGUAACACAAACACAGGUUUAUAAGAUUUCUUUUUUAUUUUAUAAGUUUACGAAAAAGAAUUUUUCGAAAAAUAGCAAUAAAUUACAUGACCAAGAUGUUAUUGAUUUUUAUCCUUCUCCUAGCUGUACCAUAUGA